AUGGCCAGCAACAAGCACCUUCCCGAAGAGAAUGGCGACUCGCCGGCGAGCCCAACGAUGUCUAUCGGAUCCUCAGGCAGGACCAACUUCCAGAGCCACGGCAGAACAAUGUCUGCCAUGGCCGCUGAAUCCUCACAUCCGAGCAGAUCGAACCGAUUCUCUGUUCAGUUCCCCAUACAAUCGGCCACCAGACAAAGUCCGGCUCGAACAUCCUUUUCGUCCGUCCGAGAACCACCUUCCGCCCCUCCGGAUACUCCAGAGCUAGUGAAUGGAGCAUCAGGAGGCAACUACCUGCAUCUAAUCGCCGGUCAAGAGAGAAGAGUAUUGGAGUUGAAAGAGGAGUUGCAGCGAGCCGAGGCAGACCUCACCCAUUUGAAGCGAGAAUGGGCUCGCUACGAAGUCAACAAGAAGAGAACAGAUGCCGAUAAGCUCACGCGACUUCAGCCGUUGAAGACUUCGCUGCCAGAUGCGGACCCCGCGGGCGACGAGGAUGGUUCAAGCGCUUGGAUGCAACAGGAAAUGGAGAGGCGGAAGGCUUUGAUGUCGUCCAGCAGAACAAGCAAUAGGACCGUCUUGCCUGGUCAGCGUCAUACCAGAACUCUGUCACUGCUCUCGCCGGCAAAGGAUGGCCCCAAUCCCAACGUGAUUCCACCACGGCCACCUCCGCGAAAAGAUAGUCUGAAGAACCGAACAAGACAAAGUGAAGAUGGGGGCAUGCCACAAGAGAGGCCUUCCCUAGUACAGCGCUCAUCUACCAUAUCAGAUAUGCAUGGCCAACGGGGUCCGGACGGAUUAACUCCAGAGGAGCGAAGCAUCGACCAUGACGCGCUGCUUCGAGCUGGGAAGAAGGUUGCGACGGACUUCAAGGACGGACUUUGGACUUUCUGGGAAGAUCUACGGCAAGCGACAGUUGGAGAAGAAGCAAUGGUAGUACAUCCACCCAGCAAGAAAAGUUCCAUGCAGAAUAUCAGGAAGCAAAGCAGUCGCAAUACUCUGAGAGAGUCGUCGAAGAGCUCAAACAGUAAUGCCACCGAGCCUUCGUCACUGGCCAGAAAGCAGUCUGCCGCUGGUCUCCCAGAUCUAGCCGACCCAUUAUUCUGGACCGAACAUGGAAUCCCAACAGAAACGACGAGCCAGGCUCCAGCGAAGAAAGCGUCGAUCUCGAAGCAGGCCAAGAGGCUCUCUGCUGUAUCAAACGACGGAUGGGACACAUGGGAUGAUAGUCCGGCGCAAUCUCGUUCCUCGUCCAGUGUCACCUCCGAAGCGUUGACUGUUCCAACUACUGUAUCAGGCAGUCCACGGCCUAGCCUGAGCAAGAAACGGGACUCGCGAGAUCUUUCGAAAAAAGAAGCUAUUCCUUGGCCAACCUUGAAGAGAUCAGGUUUCGGAUCCCUGAAACGCACUGCCAGUAAUCUACUGACUGAAUGGGAGAGGAGCCUAACACCAAGUCCUGGAACAGAAUUCACUAGCCAGCAUGACUAUGUGGGUGAUAUGGGUGCAAGUGCAGAAGCGGCGGCUUAUGAGAUCGCGAAGGGCAAGAACGAUUGA